AUGUCUUCAUUACAAAUCUCCAUUCUUUGUACUUUAUUGACAAUUAUAUUUGCUGAUAACAAGCCACACUUUUUUACUUCGUCGAACUAUGAACUAUGGUGUCAAGAAAAUACCCUGUCUAGUUCCUUAUUUCUCUACUCAAAUCGAAUACCGAUUGGCAUCUACCGAACAUCAAACAUUAAAUCGCUUAGUUAUCAUCUCGUCGAUGAUACGAAUAAUGGUUUAUUUGAAGUAAAGAGUAAACGUUUAGCAGAUUUUUAUUUUCUUAUUCUAAAUAUAACACGACCAUUUGAUAUUAAUCGAGAAUAUCAAGAUGUUUAUACACUACGUAUUCAAGCCAAUAUCGUUACGACACAAGAAAAUCAAAGCGAACAAACAGAAGUUCGUCUGCGCGUUGCUGAUUCGAAUGAUAAUGAUGGUGUGUUUGAUAUGGAUAUUUACGAGCAAACGUUUUUGACUCAAUCAAUUGCAAUUGAGCAAGCACUUUUACGAAUUCAUGCAAGUGACGCUGAUGAAAUUCAACAUGCUCAAAUACUUUAUGAAUUAGCAUCGUCAUUAAAUGAAACAUUUUCUCUUCAUCCAUUUACAGGUGAUUUGUAUCUGAUCACGAAAGAGAAUUUAACAACGCUUUAUGAAUUCGAUGUCUAUGCGUAUGAUCGUUAUCAGAAACGGCUCGUGGAUAAUAACAUGAAAACGAAAGCGCGUGUGAAAUUAAGUUUUAACAAUUCGCCAAGAACUUCGCUAUAUUUUCAAACGAUAUUCAAUAAGACGAUUGAGGUUAGCGAAAUGAUCUCUUCUUAUGAAAUUAAGAUAUUCGAACGCAAAUCAUUUCAUCGUCUAAACCUUCAUCAACCAAUCUUAACUAUCAAUACUCAACCGGAAGGAAAAGACUUCGACAUUUUUCUUCUGGGAAAUUCGUCUGGAAAUGUGAAAAAUCUCUUUCUCCAAGGAAACAAUGUCUAUUUGAAUAAAUAUUCGAUUGAAGAAUAUAAUCUUCAAUUUUUAAUCUGUUUCAAUCAACAUCAACGACGAUGUCAAUAUGCAAAUUAUCAUAUCGUUCCUCGAAUCGAUUUUAAUGAAUACAAUUUUCAUUUUAAACCAAUGAAGAUCAUCUCUCUCGAUGAGAAUCUACCUGUCGAUUCAUUUAUAACACGUAUUGAACUUGCAUAUGCAAAUCUCUAUGAAGAUCAAUCAUUAACAAUCAAUUACAAACUAUUAAAUGACGAUAAAUAUCUUCAGUUCUAUCUCGAUUCGAAAACUGGUAUUCUACGCGUAGCAGAACGUCUAGAAUAUCGAAAUUAUACAUUGGAUCUUCAAGCCAAUAUUCAAUUAUUCAAUCGACGAUACUCCAUUGAAACAAAUCUACAACUUCACGUGAAAGAAAUCAAUAAACAUCGGCCAAUGUUUCGAAAUAGCACACCGAUGGAAUUAGUUCAAUUACCAUAUCAAUUUCAAGCAUACGAUCUCGAUCAGAACAAGGAAACAAAUGGACGAAUAACGUAUCGAUUAUUGAAUUGUCAAACUUUGUGUCCAUUCCUACUCGAUCCAAACAAUGGAACAUUGAUGCUAAGAGGAAAAGAGUCAUUUCGGUCGAAUUUGAUGGCAACUCUACAAAUUCUUGUUUUCGAUUGGGGACAACCGAUAAGCUUAGAAAGUCGUAUAGAUGUUCGUUUGGAUCUUUCGUCGAAAAUAUCAAAACGAGAUUUAGGAAGAACGCGCGCUUAUUCAAGACGUUGGAGAAAGAAAACCACAUCGAGUUUCUUGAUGACAAGCACAUCGACAAUGAGUUCAAUUGUUCCCGAACAAAAUGUUUACACAACGCCGUCAUCAUCGAGCAGCGACACUGUUUUUCUAAAUAUUGGCUUUCGAGAGAAUAGCAGUUCGUACUCUGUCUCAGAAGAUGCUCAGAUCAAUACGGUUAUCGGUCGUUUGAAGAUUGAAUCAGAUUCAUUUCCAUUGAAUAUCAAUGAUGAAGAUGAUAAUUUAUUUUUCUAUACGAUCAAUGAUACGAACGUUCCAUUUAUAAUUGAUCAAAAUACGAAAACUUUGAAACUGAUCGAUCGACUCGACCGCGAGAAACAAAAUCGAUACGUGUUUGAAAUUGAAUUAAAAUUCAAAUCGAUCUAUUCGAUGAAAUUAUCUGAACGUUAUCAUUGUGAAAAGAAAAGCAGGUCAUUAAUCAAUUUCGAAUAUACCAAGAAGUUUUAUCAAAAGAUCUUGAUCAUCAUUCAUAUAACCGAUAUUAAUGAUAACAUACCGACAUGUUCAUUAUUUCAUUCGAGAAUCUAUUUAAAUGAAAAUCGGAUAGAAAAAAAUCUCCUACAAAUCCAAGCAUUCGAUCCUGAUCUAGGUGAAAAUGGAACAAUUCAUUAUUCGUUGUUGAAUUACAACCAAUAUUUUUCUAUCGAUGUGCUAACUGGACAACUUGAUUGCAUAAAAUCGGUUGAUUACGAAGAGUAUUCUGCAAUCGAUUUGCAUAUUCUCGCAUCGGAUCAAGGUCUUCAACCACAAUUGCAAUCGAUAUGUACAACUGUUCAUGUUCUCAUCAACGAUACCAAUGAUAACACUCCACAAUUCUCAGUCGACAAGUAUGUCUUUGAUCUUUUUUCGGAUAUGCCACGUUAUUCCAUAUUCGGGCAAAUCUACGCGAUUGACGCUGAUAAAACCGAUCAGCUAAUCUAUUCGCUCAGCCCAAAUCCAUAUGUAACAAUUAAUACGCAAACAGGUCAUCUUCGCUUGAAACAUCAGUUACAUCGUCUCGUUAAUCAAGUGUUCAAUGUAACUGUUCAAGUGACGGAUGGUUUACAUAAGAAUCAAACAACAAUUAAUAUUUAUGUUAAAUCAUUUCCUGAUGCUCAAGAGCCUAUACUUUUACAUGAACCGGCAUAUGGAUUAACUAUUAAUGAAUCAUUAGCAGCUGGCUCAAUCCUAACGAAUGUUUAUCGUCGUUUGCAAUUGUUGGCAUCAACAAUUGAUUUCAUUGAAAUCAUUCACGAUGGAAUUAAAUCGUCAUUUGCCAUCGAUCAGCAAGGUUACCUUCGUCUAACUCAAUCGUUAAUUGGUUUAUCAAAAUCAUCAUAUUGGCUGACAAUACGUUUAACUCGUUAUCGUGCUCAUCCAGCAUAUACAUUUGUUCAUCUUCAUAUAUCGAUACGACAGGAAAACUUUUAUCUCCCACAAUGCGUAGAUGUUUAUCAAAAUAUCAAAGUCUAUGAUUACGCAAGUCAACAUGCUUUUCAUCGCGUCGAAGCGGUUUCGUUGAAUAAGAAUUCUCAUCUACAAUAUUCCAUCGUAGACAAUGAGAAACUCUUCUCGAUCGAUCAACGAACUGGUUCGCUGAGUUUACUCUCAUCGAAUCAGAAUAAUAAUCGUCGAUUAAAGUCCGAUUAUCUUCUAACUGUGGUAGCAUUCGAUACACAGUAUAAGUUAUCUGCGCAUUGUUAUGUUAAUAUUCAUCUGAUUCGACGACGGCAAUUGAUACCGAAGUUUUUCUCGGCACCGAAUUAUAACAUUGAUAUGAUUGAAAUCGAUCGUCAGAGUGGCAGAUUGCGGCAACGUCUAUUUCAAAUCGUUGCACUUUUGGAUACGAAAGUCUAUAGCAAAAAACUGGAAAUACGCUACCGGAUUGUCGACUCAAAUCAACAUUUUGUCAUCAAUCGACAAACAGGAUACAUUGCUGCAAAACAACCGUUGAAAGCUUAUACAACAUACGAAUUUAAUGUUGAAGCAUUUACCGUUGCAUAUCGAUAUGAUAUUCUAUCGGAUGCAAAUGAAAACGAAGAAGAUGAGACAUCAAGCCGCGGAAAAUGGCGUAUCGUUUCAAGUCGUGUUUCUCUGCCGAUCAAAAUACAAAUUUUACCAAGUAUUGAUGUUAAUAAAUCUUCGUUAACAUCAAUUGAUUCAACCAUCAAUAUCGAUUUGCUAACAACCACGGAAGUUGGUUCAACAAUAUUACAUCUCGGCAUGAAUAAUCGUCAUAAUACAACCCAAUGGUUUAUCAUGAUUGGAGAUAUUCGCCAUACGCGAUAUUUUCAUGUAGAUUUCCAAACGGGUCAACUGAUUCUCAUUCGUCCUAUUGCCGAACUAGUCAAUCAAACGAAUCUCAUUGAUCUUCGUAUCAAUGUUACGAAUGACUGGAUGAAUAUGAAUACGAUUAAAGUUCUUAUUCGUAUCGUAAACAACUCCGUUCCAUCUAUGGAAUUUUCUCAAAGGGAUUAUUACAGUUCCAUCUCACGAAAUAUUCCAAUCGGUGCUGAAAUCGCUCGUCUAUCAAUUGAAAAUCCUGCCAGCGAUUGUUCUUAUUCUAUUGAUACAGUCGAACGAAUUAAAUCGAAAGACUUAUUUCGUAUCAAUCCAUCGUCAGGCUCAAUUACAGUCAUGAAUUCACUGGUGAAUUCGGCGAGUCAAACACAUUUGUUAACGAUUCUAUAUCGUUGUCAACAUAAUUAUCAAAUUGCACAUACGAAUUUGCAUAUCAAUAUUCUUGAUGAAAGAAAUCUAUCAAAUCAAACUAAGAAAUCCUAUCAGUUUAUGCAAGAUAACUAUCUAGUUAUCUUCGAAACAUCAUUGGCAGCAAACCGACGGAAAUAUUUGAUGAAUUUUGAAUUGAUUAAUUACGACGAGGAAGGAAUUAACCGAAUCCCAUCGAAUGCACAAAUUCUCCGAGGUGAUCCGCUAGGUUUAUUCUCGAUUGAUUUAUCAAACCAAUCGCUUUACCUCACUGACGAGUCACAUGCACGUUCAUAUAUAUAUCCCUUAAAUUUAACAAUUAUUGACACAUCACAGUCCGAACCAAUUACCACAAUUGUGACGUUAUUCAUCUCGAAUAUUGGCAUUUAUUUUCCAUGUCCAUCGUAUCUCAAAAUAUCUCCAUAUCUUUUCACAUACGAAUCUUCUCCUUCGAGAAGCAUUGAUCAUCUCACAGGACAACAAUACAAACCCUACAAUUCUUUAACCAUUCGUGCAUUCGAUCCAUUUACACCAUUGAAUGGCGAAGCAUCAAAUCUUGCUGAAUGCACCAUUCAUUCGAAAGAUAAUCAAACGCCUAUGGACUCAAUGAACAUCUUAGACUUCACCUUUCCAAAUGAAAUCUAUUCGGGUUACAUGAAUAGUUCGUUCGGUUCGUCUGCAUUCGUUUACAACAAUCAACAAGAACCAUUGCAUAUCGAUUUGAAGAAUUUGUCAAAUUCAUUUGAUAUCAGUUACUAUCUAUUGAAUCAAACACACGUGAACUUCUUUCAACUUGAUGAAUAUGCUGGUUUAAUUAAAUACCAUUCGUUUGAGAGUUUGUUGAAGCGAUAUUCAUUUCUUGUCUAUGCAAAUUAUCACUCAUUGAUUACAUUUACACGUUUGAAUCUUGUUGUUAAUCGUGAAAUUCCAGUUGAGAAGAGAGCAUUUCAAUCGAUUUAUGAAUUUAAAUUAUCUGCACCAUUUGUAAACAAUUCCACAAUUGGACACUUGAAUAAAACGAGUAACAAUUGGACGAUUUUGAAUGAUCAGAUCUCGCCGAUGAUAUCCAUCGAGAAAACGGGAAGAUUAUUCGUUCGAAAUCGAACACUACUUAUCACAAAUGGAAAUUUCUACGAUUUUCUCAUACAAGACGAUGAUUCACAAAUUGCUCGUGUCCAAAUGAUCAUCAUCAAUGAAAUCAACCAAAUAUCUGAAUGUGUACUAAAUCAUCUGGAUUAUUCUACCGACCGACAAUUGAUUGGCUUCGUUGAAAUCUUGAAUACCAAUCAAACCGAACCGAUUUGUGGUCAGACACGUCGACACUCAUUUGAAUUAUUAAAUUACAAUAAUCUGUUCAUUCUUGACCGUCAGUAUGGUUUAUUACGCUAUAGAAAUCGAGACAAAACUAUCGACGAUGAUGUCUUGUUGCUGAUUAAAUUGGAAAACUCGAAAUGCUUAAUAACCGUCGAAAAGACUCAAGCGACAGUUUCGUACAUAAUGAUUAGAAAUGGAAGUCAGUUACACACGGAAUUCAUCGACAAAUACCAUAUUGCAGAGAACUCUGGUCGAUUCAGACUACCGAACAAUACUCUAGUUCAAUAUGACAUCGUUUCAUCUCAAUCACCAUUAUUUUCUCAACCAUCGUACGAAUUUCACCUCAAUCUGUCUAACUACAUGAACCGUUCGAUUCUUCUCGGCCAAAUCAUUGCUCAACCAUAUGACUUGAGCCGCAGUCAUCUCGUCUAUGAAUUUAGUCAUGAUCAUCCGAAAUAUUACCUUCUCAAUCCAGACAAUGGUACUCUGGAAUACUUUUCCAAUGAAUUCUAUAAAAAUACUUCGGAACAUUUUCAAAUCAUUGCUCGCGAUCUAAUCUAUCAACAGAACAUGACAAUUAAUGUCACAAUUCAUGUGAUCAAUCCAUAUGAACUUUCAUCGCCCAUUUAUGAGAAAACCAUUUCGGAAAUUCUUCCACCUGGUUCAGUUGUCUUUCAUACAAAUUCUUCGUCACUCGAGGAUUAUAAUCGAAAUCUGUUCAAACUCAAUCCAACAUCUGGUGAUAUUGUACUUAUUAAUUACCUAACUGAACCAUUCUAUUCGCUUAAAUUUCGUUCGAGCAGCGAAACAUCAAUUCUUAAAUUAACAAUCAAUGACUAUAAUAAUCACCCGCCAAAUUUUCUCAAUCCUCCAUUGAGCUUAAUACUUUCCUCCUCGCAAACAUUUCUCACCAAAUUCUCAGCAAAUGAUCUCGAUUUCGCCGACAAUCUUCAUCUUAAAUACCACCUCCUCAAUCAAGACGAUCAUCGAUUCUUUUCAAUCAAUCACACCAGCGGAGUUCUGACACGAACGAAUCAAUCAUUAGACAAAGAUUUCUAUCAGUUAAACAUUGCUGUUAGCGAUGGCUUGUAUUUAACUAAAACUUACAUUCAAUUACAAUUCAAUAACUAUUCCGGCAAUCAACCGAAAUUCUCUUCGAAUGAAUAUGUAUUUGACUACGAUCCAACAAAAGCCGUUCUUGGACAAAUCUCGGCGUAUGACAUCGAUCGGAAUGAUCAGAUCACUUAUGAGCUGCAUCUUCAAUCCAGUGGAAUCGAAAUUGAUCCACGCUCAGGUGUAAUUCAAGUGAAUAAGACUUCGUUUACCAAAUCAGUCUACGAAUUUUAUGCAUCAGCCAAAGAUCUUGCUCAUCAAAUCGUUUAUGCAAAGGUUAAAUUGGUUUACUCGACUCAACCGAGAUUUAACUCUGAUUUGUAUUAUAUUUCACUGAUCUCAUCUCAAGUGAGUGUCCCGAUGGAAAUUUUUCAGUUUGAAAUCGUUGACUCAUUCAACCAACCGAUCAAAUCGGCGAAGUACCAAUUGAAAAAUCAAACAAAUCUAUUCGACAUCCAGGAAAAUCGAUUGAUGCUCAAAGAAAAUCUCGUUCCAACUGACCGAUACCAUCUGACCGUCAAUGCCUAUUGGAAGAAUUUUGUUAUUCAAACAUCAGUGCAAAUCAAUUUCGUCGAACGAACAUUUCAUUUAGAGAAGAAAUCUUACGACUUUCAACUGGAUAAGCAAGUAUUAAAGGAAAAUAUUCCUAUUGAAACAUUUCCAAUCGAUAAGUUAACACUGAAAAUCCUUCCGACAUCAUUAACGCAGAAUCAUUGUCACGAAAACUUCUACAUUCAAUCCAAUGAACUUUUCUUCAAAACUUUUCCGAUCCUGUCCGAUCUGUGUUUCUUUGAAUUACAUCUCACCGAUCAGAUCAGCGUAUCAUCGAGUCAAGUGAAAGUUCUCUUCGGAAACUUCACCCAAGCACCAACAUUUUCUUCGGAUGUUUACCGAUUUUAUGUCUAUGAUCACCAUUACGAUGAUGUGUUUCGAGUGUUUGCACAGAGUUUCAAUUCAAUUCGUUAUCAGUUACAACGUAACUCCUACGGAUUAUUUAUUAAUCAAACCAACGGCAUGCUAAGAUUUAUCUAUCAUUCGAAAUCGAUCGAAGAUUUGGAUAAAAUUGAAUUGAAUGUAUAUGCGAUGGAUGACAAAACAAAUGCGAAUAGCACAGCUUCGAUUGAAAUCUUAUUCAAUGUACGAGAGCAAUUUCAAAUACCAACGGAAAUCAACUCGUGUCCAAACCAAGUAAUUCAACUUUCAGAUCGAAGUCUACCAGGAACCAUCAUACAAGAAAUCAGUUUGAAUAAGAAUAGUUCGAAUAAUUAUUAUAUACUUUCUGGAGAUUCCUAUGGUCUGUUUGCGAUAAAUAAUUUCGGACAACUUUAUUUGACAUCACCACUACUGAACCAAACAGUGAAUGAAUAUUUUCAAUUGAUUAUUCUGAUCAGUUCGUCACCGUUAAGCUAUUGUCAAACGAAUAUUUCGGUUCUACGAACGCCCAAAUGGUCAUACUUCGUAUGUCCAGCGAUACCAAUUCAGUGGAUGAUCAAAGAAGAAUCUCCAAUAGGAACGAUCAUUGGCACAGUUAAAGAGACAUUACUAUCAAUUAAUAAUAACUCAUCUGAGUUGAUUGAUCGAUUACAAUUUAAAGUUAAUCCUACGACGAAUUCGGAUGCACAAUCAUUUCUACUCAAUUCUCAAACAGGUCUGCUUACAUCGAACUCGCGAUUAGACUAUGAACAAAAAGCAUUCUAUUCAUUUUCAAUUGAUUUACAACCGAAUGAAUUGAAUUGCUCCAUAUCAGUAAUCGUUAAGUUAAUCAAUAUCAAUGAUAAUCCAAUAGUUUUCGAUCGAAAUUCUCUAACUUACAAUCUGACUGAAAACAACCCUACUCCAUUCUAUAUUGGCCGCAUUCAGCUUGUCGAUAUCGAUCAUCUAUUCCAAUCGAAUUACGUAUUUUACCUACAAAAUUCUUCUUCACAGAUAUUCAUCGAUCAAACUACUGGUUCGAUUCUUCUCUAUGAACAACUCAACCGGGAGCACUACGGUCCACAACUCAGCUAUCAAGUCAUGGCAAUUGACACAAACAAUCGAGAGAAUUAUCUGUCUGACGCCUUAAUUCUGCAUAUCAACGAUUUGAACGACCAUGGACCCAAAUUCGAUAGAAAUUACUACUCUGUUAACAUAAGUAAAACAAUUCGAUCGAACACGAAUAUAUUUCAAUUGAAUGCAACAAGCGAAGAUCCAGUGGCGAAUGGAAAUUUUCGAUAUUCUUUGCAAAACUCAACGGAAUUCUUUACGAUCGAUGAACAAACAGGAAUAAUCCGAUUGAGAACAUCACUUCCGACAACAAUGUCGAAUAUAACAGUGAAUGUUGAAGUAUUCGAAGAUGGAAUUAAUUUAACUGACUCAACAAAUGUAUUUAUAUCGAUAAUUAAUGAUGAUAACAAUUACUUUAACUUAGAAAAUCGAGAUAAUUGCAUUCUCGACGAGAACAAACCAAUCGGAACAAUCGUUUGUACAAUCGGUAAAAGUUCCGAUGAAUUCGUCUAUGAGUUAAUCGAUAGAACCAACGCUUUUCAAAUCUUCGAGUCAAAUGGUACGAUUAUUAGCCGUAAAAUCUUUGACUACGAAACGGAUCCACGUCAAUACAAUGUUACAAUCGUUGUCAAAGAUCGAGAAAAUCAAACUGUCCCAUUAUCUUCACUGAAUUUGACAAUCUCCAUUCGAAAUAUCAACGAUAAUUAUCCGGAGUUUCUAACAAAGAACUUCACUACGCUGAUUUAUUUCUAUCACCCAUCAGUCAAUACCGUUCUGCAUAAGAUCGAAAUUAUUGAUAAAGAUCAAUCGAACUUAACAUUUCAAAUUCUCAAUGAUACAUUUUCAUCGUACAAACUUCGACAAGAUGAAAACGGUACUGAAUUGAUCCUCAAUGAGCCCAUUCUUCUCGACCAUGAGGAUCAUUUGAUCAUCCGUGUUUGGGAUAAUCAAACCUUAUCAUCUGCGUAUUAUGUUGAUCUUUACUUACAUAUCAUCUAUCUUCAACGACAGGUUCUUCUUCCAGCACUCAUUCCACGUACCAUCGACGGAUAUAUUAAUCUUGAUGAAAAGUAUCCUCAGAUUAAUUUCGGUGAAUUGUCUCUUCAGAAUCAAUCCAAUUAUCAAUUUGUGUCGUAUAAUCUACUUGCCAAUAAACAGUUUUCACUCAAACAAAUCUCCAAUAACCAAACGGAGUUGUAUUUCAAUUCAUAUCAACAACAGUUGUACUCUCAGCAACAGAAACAUCAACGUUUAUUACAAUUUCAAAUCGAACUAACUGUCUUUGCCGUUGACCAGCCGAUAUCGAACAUGAAUUUUUACAACAAUACAAUUAUUUAUCUUCCACUCGACAUCAAAUCUCACUUAAAAGCUCAAACCAUCGAUGUACAUCUCUGGUCAAUUGAUCGCGAAAUGUUAGAUCGAACAAUAUCUUUGCUUGUCAAUCUCGAUCCUCGGUCAACUUACGAGCAGUUCAUUAUUCAUACAUUACCAUUACUACGCGAAAAUCUAGCUGUAAUCGUUGGCGUUCACAUGCGUCAUGUUCAUCUUUAUUCAUUCGAUAUGAAAACUCCGUACCAAAUCGAAAUACUCAUCGCAGUUAUUCGGUAUCCAUCCCGUCUACGACCACCACGAUAUAUCCACAAAAAAUUACUUUAUAACGUCUUGCGCAACUCUAGUAAUGUCUUCGAAAAGAUUCCAAAUAUCAAAUCCAUUGAAAAGAUUUCCAUUAACCAAUGUCAUACGAAAUCGUGUGAAAACAACGGUCGAUGUACCAGUCAGAUCAAAUUGUAUCAAAAUCAGUACGACUACUUCUAUUACAAUACAUACGAACGUCUGAUACCGAAAUAUCAAUGGAACAUUAAAUGUCUUUGUUUGAAUCAUUUCUACGGGCAACAUUGUCAAUUCAAGCAAGAUUAUCAAUCACCAUGUUCGUCUAAUCCAUGUUCGCCAUUGGAAAGAUGUAUCGAAGAGAGUUCUACAUUGUACACAUGUCAGUGUAUCGAUGAACCAUGUAAUCAGAACGAAAUUCUGCCGGAAACAACGUUGAAUUGUAUUAAUAUUAAUUCACCGACGUGUCGCGAUUCUUCGAAUACUCUGACAUUCGAUGGUUACAGUUUUGUUCGAAUGAACUCAUCGAUGAAUUUAACGCAGCAUACGAAUAUUUCGUUCACAUUUCGCACGCAGGUUGGCCAAGGUAAACUGCUGAAGAUGAUCUCGGUUGACGAGAAAAAGAAACAACAUCUACUAAUCAUUCAAAUCAUGGAUAAUCAUGUUAAUGUUGAACUAAAUAGAAAGAUUCUCUUUCGAAUCAAUGAAGUCGUCAUCAACGAUGGUCUCUGGCAUCAUAUCUACUUUUCCAUUGAUUACACACCAACAAAUCAAAACUUCUACUAUCUUCUUCGUCUCGAUCAUGUUUUCAGCAAUAGAAUUCAACUGUUUCAACCAAUAUCGACAAAUCAACUGAAACAAAUCUAUAUUGGCAAUGAUUUUCAUGGCUGUCUAGGUAACCUAACGUUGAACACUCAAUUGAUCUACCUUCAAAAGCAAGAGAAUAAGUCAUUUAUCGAACAUGUCGGUACCAACACCGGUUGUCAACUAGCCGAGAUUGAAUCGCGUACACUGAGACAAUACACUGACAAAGAUGAUCUGUGUUCGUUGUAUCACCCAUGCUAUAACGGUGGUAUCUGUGUUAGUCAAACAACGAAGUACGGUUCAAGUUUCACAUGUAACUGCUUGAAACCACGUUUUACUGGUCGACAAUGUCAACGUGAUUUACAACCAUGUGAAAGUCAUCCAUGUUUAUUCAAUGAACAAUGUAUUCCAUCAAAUGAUGUUAAUGUUUCUUAUUCGUGUAUAUCAUCAUUAGGAAAUUUGCCUAUGUCAACGAAGAAUCUUUUAUAUGUUGGUCUAGCAGUGACGUUUUGUACAUUUGUAUUAGUGGUCUUGUUAUUUCUGUCAUUGAUCAUCUAUUGUCAACAGCAGCGAAAAGAGAAGAAGAAAAAACUGAAUAUUCACAAUGAUAAGCCAUUAGUGUCGGCGCCAUUGCUGAUUCAGAAAGCGUCACCUUCGUUGUCACCAGCGAAUCAAAUUGAAAGUCCAAUGCCAACGUUAAUCAAACGAAAUUCUAAUGGUAAACAAACUGUUGAAACAAUGGCUCUAGUUGAUAAUAAUCUUGAGCAAACAACAUUAAAUAAUUUUAAUGAUAAGCAAACCAACGAUUCAAAUGACAAAUCCGCUCUCGUGAUUGAUAAACAUCAAUAUGAAUCUCAUGAAUCGUUGAAUCGUCGACGCAGUGAUCCAAAAUACUAUUCAACGAUUGGAAAAAUGAAUAUCCCUCCAGAUAACUUUCUUGCACAUUACAAUAGUAUUGAUUAUGACACAACACGUAUGCCACUUGUUGAUCCUAAAUCUCCUGAUCUAUUUGACUUUCCCUCAUCACCAACAAAAUACUUCAAUGGUCAUGAUGACAAGCAUUCCAAUACUUAUCAAAUUUGUGUCAAUUCGUUAUCGAAUCUCGCGGAAAAACUUGUUGAUCAGAAUGAUAUCGAAUUAACUCAUUCGUCGAACGAUUCGUCAAAUAACGAACAAACUUUAUUGACCUCGCCUGUCUCCAAUGGAGAACGAAAACGUUCAUUAUUCAAUGGUGGUAGUUCGCUUAGUAUACGAGCAUCAAAUUCAUCUCUGCAAAAAGCUCCAGUGUAUGCCAAAAUCAUUAAAACUUCAUCCAAAAAUUCCACUGGUGGCAUGAGUACCAUUGAACGUCUUCGUUUGAGUGGUUCACCAUUGCGACUUCUCUCCUCAUCACCAACCUACGCACGAACAACUUCAUUUUUCAAAGGCAAUGCGAAUCAAGAUAAUGACAAACAUUCAACAUUAGCAUCAUUGCCCUCGUCAUCAACGCCAACAAGUAAAAUAUCGAAGAUCAAUCCAACUUCGUGGAAAAUCAAUCCGAGAAAAUUAGACAGCCUCAAAGUGAGACGGAAUAGUCGUUAUACCGAUGAUGACGAUGACGACAACUAUAACACCAAUCAGACUAACAAUGAAACAAGCCAAUUAACAAUGAAAACAACAAUGAUCAAUCGUCUGCGACAUGCAAGUGAAUCUGAUUUAACAAAAGAGCAUGUCAAUGGGAAAAAAUCAACGAAAUUAUCCUCAUUUUUUCAAACAGAAGUCUAG